CGCGCGCGAGAGAAUCAUGAGCGUCGCGCUGAAGAGCUGGAGGGCUAAUGAAGGACCCAAACACUUGAUCACGAUGGUUUGGAUUGCAGUGAAUGUAUUUCUGUUCUGGAAAACAUUCAUGUUGUACUUCAGCGGAGCGCAGUAUUAUUAUCUACACAAGAUGCUGGGGCUUGGUCUCUGCAUCAGUCGAGCGUCGGCCUCCGUUUUAAACUUCAACUGCAGUCUGGUGCUGCUGCCAAUGUGCAGAUCGCUGCUUACCUUCCUCCGAGGAUCUCAGCGGGUGACCGGUAGACGUGUUCGUCGGCUGCUGGAUAAGAGUAAGACGUUUCAUGUGGCGUGUGGAGUCACAAUUUGCGUCUUCUCUGUGGUUCAUGUGAGCGCUCACCUCGUAAACAUGGUCAGUUUCUCUGUGAGAUAUUCAGAGGAUUUCCCUGCGCUCAAUGUCGCUCAGUAUCGAGGACAGGAUCCCAGAAUUCUCAUCAUAAGCACAGUUCCUGGAGUUACUGUCUCAAGCUACGAGAUAUUCUGGUACACUCACAACCUCUUCAUCGUGUUCUAUGUUAUUCUGAUGGUCCACGUAGCGGGGUGA